AUGGGAUACUUGACGGUCGGAGCCCCUCUGAGUCAUGAGGAGACGGCCAAGCUCGCCAAUCGCAUUCGCCUGCUUGGCACUCUGGAGGUCCUGCGAUGCUACCUGAAUAACCACGACCGCAAGGACGCCACCCGUUGGUUCGGCCACGAGUGCGAGUACAUGCUCAUUCACUUGGACCCGGCUGCCCGUUCGGCGAGGCUCGUGCCAUGCGCUCCUCUGUUGUUGGAAAAGAUCCCCGUUCCGCUCGAGCACGAUGCCGGCCAGUUCAUUUUCAUGCCCGAAUUCGGAGCGUUCAUGGUGGAGGGAACUCCUGGUACGCCAUGGAUUUUGGAUAAGGAUAACACGACUGAGGUGUUUGAAUGGUUCAGUGGAGCACGCCGUCACAUACGCCUCGGAUUGGAGCGCUUGGGCAUUACCGACGUACAUCCGUUCACGCUAACGUCGUUCCCGCUGCUGGGCACGCCCGACUCCGUUUUCGAACAUCCAAUGAUCAAGCCCCCUCAGCAACCGGUGAUGCUGAGCGAGUUUUGCGGCGACGUGCUGGUGAACCCUCACCCCCGUUUUGUAACGCUGGCGCGCAACAUACGCCUGCGCAGGGGUAAGAAGGUGCAUAUCAAAUCGCCUCCGUUCGUCCAGAACGCCUGUAUUAUACCACCAGGGGCAUCUGCGCGCGUUGCGCCUGCUACCGGCGCCCCGCCCACCAAGGCUCCGGCUGCUGAUCCGCAUUCGCCGCUUGCACCGCGCGCUGUGGAGGGUACAGCGGCUGCUACGGAUGAGAAACUGGUGCUUGGUUCACGCACUGGCGUGAACCUGAGCUUCGAUUUCCGCAAGGAAGCUGAGGCGGCGCUGUCGUCGGCGUUUCUGGACCCUGCCAACCAUAUUGGUGACGCCGACCUGCGCAGAGAAAUCGACAGCGUAAUAGCAAGCAGCGAUGUGCGUAAUCAGGAUAAAAUACCUGUCGUCGCUGCCGCCAAUCACGACCCGAUUUACAUGGACGCCAUGGCGUUCGGAAUGGGCAUGUGCUGCCUUCAGGAGACCUUCAGCUGCAUCGAUGAACUGGAGGCUCGAUACCUCUACGACCAACUGGCGGUGCUGUCGCCGCUGUUCCUUGCGCUGACAGCGGCCACCGCGGUGUUCAAGGGCACCAUGUCGUCCCAUACGACGCGUUGGCGGGUGCUCUCGCAGUCGGUCGACGACCGCCGCGACGAUGAGCUUGAGCGCGUGCCGUUCUCCAGGUUCUCCACGGCGUCGCUGUUCGUAUCGCUCGAUCCGUACCUGCUGGCGCACUAUAAGCGCUUGAACGACGUGCUCGUCCCAUCGCGACCGGACGUCUACGAUGCGUGCGUCUCCGCAGGUAUGGACCGUGUGAUCGCGCGGCACUUCUCCGCCAUCCUGUCGCGGGACCCCCUGGUGGCUUUUGAGCAGGACUUAGACGCGGUCGACAUCCACAGCACGGACGAGCACUUCGAGUCGUUCCAGAGCACCAACUGGAACACGGUGCGUCUGAAGCCGCCUCCAUUGAAGGGCAGCGGAUACCCCAUUCCGUGGCGCGUGGAGUUUCGGUGUUGCGAGGCGCAGCUGCGCGACAAGGAGUCCGCGGGCCUGGCGUGCGCGAUCGCACUGCUGGUGCGUGUCAUGCUGAAGGAGCGCUGGAACCUGUACAUGCCGAUGUCGCUGGUCCACGAGAACAUGGAGGCGUCGGACAGCCAGGACGCCAUAACGAACCACAAAUUCCACUUCGUCACUGACCUGAGUCGUGGCAGCGGCGAAGUAGGGCGCUACACUCUCCGCGAGAUUUUCUUCGACGAGGACAAGCUGGGCCUCUUCGCUCGCUGCGCGACCCAUUUGGCCCAUGAGCUGUCCUCGGGAGCGCUAUCGCAGCAGUCGUACGAUUUGCAAAUCGACUACCUCAACGUGCUGAAGCACCGGGCGUACGGUGCCAGCGCAACGAAUUCGCAGGAGAUCCGCGACUAUGUGCUGGGACACCACGAGUACCGCGGUGACGGCGUCGUUACCCCGCAUGUGGUACACGACAUGCUUGACGCAAUUCUAAAGUCAAAUUAG